AGUAUAUACCAAUUAUUAAGGUAUUUUAUUCGAAAAGUUGAACAUGGUGUCAGGCAAACUUAUAAUAAUUAUUUAUUUGACGAUUUUAAAUUUCGAUAAUUCUCGUGCUAGUAAGUUUGAUUACGUAGUAUUUAUAAUCUCAUGUGUAUAACAAAAUAAUUAUUUCAUAUGACUUGAUAAUAUUUGUUCUUGAUAUAUUUAUUAUCAAUGUUGUUCAUUAACUAUAAGUAUUAAUUACUAAUUGUGUAUAUAUUAUAUAUCAUUAAAUAAUUACUAAUUUAGUAUAUUGUGUACUAAUGAGUUUACGUAUAUAAAAUAUGUAUAUAUUAAAGUUGAUAAAUUUAUUUUAUCUGUUAAUUGUAGUACGAAAGUCGUGUAAAGGUAAAAUAUUUUCGAUUGUUAAAAAAUACGUUUAUUCGUAGUUCUUACAUAAUAUUAUAUGCCUAAAUAUAAAUGUAAUUAUUUUCCAAGCAAACCAAUAACAGAUGCCUAACUUAUACUAGUUUUAUAUUAGUGUCAUGCCAGAUAUUAUUUUCAGGUGUUAUACAGUAUAGAAUCCGCUUAAUGGUGACACCGCACAAAGGAGCCGACUACUUGUAACGUUUGUCUUCUUCUCCGGAUCGGAAGGGGAGACUGUUAACUUUGAUUAAGAAAAAAAUAAUCAAUGAUUGAUACAUAUGAAAUUUUCUUUUUUUUUAUUCGCAUAUUAAUAAUAUAGUAAAAUAACAACAAGUAGUUUCUUUUGUUGUAUAAAAUAAAAGAAUAAAUCCAAAAUAAAUUUCCGGAUUGUAUUGUACACGAAUAAUUAGAUACCUUUCGUUUUACAUACAAUAUUUUCUUUUAAAAAAAUUUAAUCUGACAAAUCUUUACAAUAUUUCUUUAGAAUAUUACUUCAAAAACUGUUUAAAUUAUCAAUUAAAUGCAUAACUAGAUUAUUAUUGGUGUAAGGGAAUAAGGAAAAAUAAUAUAUGUACACACUUAAAGCUAGCGUACAAAAAAAUUUUUUUUUUUCUUUUAUUUAUAAGCACUUAUUUCUACAUAAAAAAAUUUCCGGAGAAUAAUCCAUUUAGUCCAGAUUAUUUUUUUUUAUUCAAGUUUUCUUUUCUUUUAUAGAUAUUGAUUUUAUAUUCUUUUUUUUUGUAUUAUUAUUAUUACUGAAUAAUAAGCUUAAGGCGUAUGUAUAACGGGUUAUUCCUUACUUUAAACGAAUAAUUAAAUCAGUAUGAAACUGGAUCGGUAUAUCCUUCUGAGUCGAGUGAGCAACUACAGUGGAUCUCAUACAUUUGGGUUCACGGUUAAUUUCAACCGUUCAUCGUGAUGUUGGGUUAUUUGAUAAAUAAUUUCAGUUGAUAUAUUCCGUGAAAUUGCGCACUAUUUCCCCGUUCAUCAAGUUAUUAUAGCGGUUUACGAGGAUUAUUCUGGCUUGCGCCAGAAUAUAUGGUCGUUAAAACUUUCUCGAAAGGCUAUGCCAGGGAGAAAACCGACGAAGGAGCGAUGGCUCAUAUAUGCCCGUGCCAACGUCGUAAGUAGAGUAUGCCCAUUUAAACGCAUGUAACGCAAAUCUGAUUCUAUACCGCGGUGUUGGGACUCUAUUUUUAUUAUGUGCCGCCACCGCGCGGCAAGUAUCGAACUAUGCUCUCUGUUUCGCGAACGCUAACUGCAGUGCGUCGACGUAAAUUUGUCUCGUUACAAACUUAAUAAGGAAAAAUAAUUGGCAGGUCCCGAAUGAAUGUAUUUGUUUGAGACAAUUUAACUUUGUUUAUUGGGAAUAAACUAUCGGUUAUAAGAGACUAAUCUAAUAUUAAGAUAUCUAUAAUAUCUAAUAGUCUAAUCUAAAAAUACCUACUUAAUUGAAACUAUAACUGUCUUAUCUGUAUGUCUCUAUUCAAUUUUGGUGGCUCGUGUGUUUAAUGAAUAUUUUAUGCAAAUAUCGAUUCUCCUAAAAUUACAUGAAUACCUAAUUAAGUACCUAUUCACUAUUCUCGUGAGUUAUUACAUAUUCGUCACUAAUGCAAUACUAUUAUAAGUAAUAAUUGUCUGAUAAGAAGUCCGUUCUUUACCAGAUAUAACUGAUAUAAGAAUCUUUGAUAAUGAAACGGCAAAUAAUCAUCGUGUCGUGAUUGUGAGAAUGAACUCAUGAAUAUUUUGAUAGCAUAAUUUUCUUUUAUUUAUGUUAACUUUACCGAUAAUGCGUGGCAAGAUGGGGAAUACGAUUAGAGAAUAGAGAAUAUCGAAUAUUUGUAUAUGCAUAUCAUUCCCACGAAUAGCGAAUAUCCACGAUUAGCAAAUAAUCGUCAAUUACUCGAGUAGUGUGAACCCGGAUUAAAACAUUUUUUUAACGAUUGGAAAGUUUACCAUAAUGUACUGUACCUAUAACAUAAGAUUUUUUCAUUUGAUUUUGAAACUUUAAAUACAUUUUACAAGUUUUUACGUAAAUAUCACAAGUGUUCCUUUAAUAUAAUAUAAUUUACCUAAUAUUAAAUAAAUAAUUACACUAAAUGUUUAAAUAAACAAUAUAUUUGAUAUAUUUGAACACUCAAAAAACUGAUAACUAGAACACUUUAAAAAAAACCUAUUCUACAAAAAAAAAGCUGAUACUGGAGAUGAGCGUGCAACUGUUGUAAUGGGAAAUUGUAAAGGUAGGAUACAUAAAAUUAUUUGAUUUAUACAAUAUGUAAGUAACGAUAAAUCAUUUUAAACGAAAAAUGAUUCGAACCAUAAUAUUAACGAUUUUCGUAAAAAUUUGAUGUAUUAAAACUUUUAUGCAUAUAAAAAAAGAAAAUACAGCAUUAUACUUAAUUUUUUUUUAUCACUGUGUAUAUUAUAUAAUGAACGUUUUGAUAAAUUUUCAAACAUUUCUGUUUGGUCAAAUAAUUUUAUCCAUAGAGUACCUACCAAAUAAAAAUGACGUCAAAAACUAUCAAAAUUAAAUGUAGCUCAAAAAUAGCUCAUAUAUAUUAAAAAAUCUACGACUUCCAGAAAAGGUAAAGUUCUUAGUUAAAUUUUUAAGUUGCUACGAAUAUUUUUAACAGAAUUAGGUACAUCAAAUUGAAAAUAAUAAAACCAUUAUUUCCGUAAACGUUUCCAUUAUUUUUAUAUUUUUUUCUGUUUAGCUCAAUUAUUUAAAAACUAAAAUAAUAAUAAUAAUAAUAAUAAAUCAAAAAACUAUUAUUAAAUUAGGCAAAUAGAUAAAUUGAAAUUCCCAAUUAUGAUGAAAAUUACUUAACAAAUCAAAUAACAACUUAAUUCGCGAGAAACUAAAAAUCUGAAAUUCAACAAAUUAGCUCUCUAUAGGCAUUUUUUGAUUAAAGUAAUAUUUUUGGGGAAAACACGGUUCGUAAAAAUUUAAAACAAUGAAAUCGGUAACACCGUAUCGCUAUAAAUAUUAUUCGUUUUACGUUUUAAGUAUAAUUAUUUUUUCAGGGUAUUCUCAAUUAUUAUAAAAACCAUAAAAAAAAUCAAAGAAAGACCUCUUUAAUGCCUCAAAUAUAUACAAUUUUCAUUCAGAAAAGGUGCUAGGCUCUAUACAAUGAAACAAGUUUUCUGUUUGAAAAUUUUUUCACAAAAAAUAGAAUAAAAAAAAGUUGAUAAUGGGAAUGAGUUCAGCCACUGUUGUAGGUGGGAAGUCAGGAAGGUAGGUUACAUGAGUUAUUUAAUUUAUAUCUGUACUCAAAGAUAAACCAUUGUUAUCAAAAACACGAUUCCGAAGAAAGUUCAGUAAGAUACAUUUUAAAAUGUAGUAAUUUUAACGAUUUUUUUCAUAAUUUAAUCUUAAAAUGCUUUGAAAUAAAAAACAUCAAAAAUGCAUCAUAAAUGCAUCAAACUUAAAUUUGUUUUUAGACUACUAAGUACUACUUAUUAUGUAUCUUGUGUUAAAUUGUUUCGAUUACUUCUCUGUAAUCAUAUAAUUUUAAAAAUAAAUACCAAAUAGAUGCCAAAUAAAAAUUAAUUUAAAACAUGAAAAUAUCAAAUACCUAUAAAUAGUCUCAAAAAAGUUAAAAUAUUUUAAAAAUUUUACCACGUCUACAAAAGACCAAUACAAUAUUUUGUAAAAACUAUAGAUCUCAAAAAAAAAUGUUUAACCGGAAAAAAAAAUAAAAAAAAUCCAAGUGCCGUAUACUUGGUUGUACUUUCAACGUUUUCCCCCGAUUUUUCACAAUUAUUAUAAAAACUACUUUAGAUCAAAGAAUAUCAAAAUAUGACCUUCCUCAAUACACCAACUAGGUAAAAUUUUCUUUUAAAAAAUAUGCUACAAUUUUAUAUCGGAGUAAGAUUUUUGAUAAAAAGUUGCUUACAGACACAAAAAAUAAAAAUAACACAAAUUAUAGUAAAACCAAUACAUCUUUCACUUUAUUCCGAAUCUAAAACCUAUUUAAUUUAAGUAGUAAAUAAGAAGGCAACUACCAAUAAAUGGAUACCAAAUAAUUAUAAUAUUAUGUACGAAUUGUUAGGUAUAUUCAAAAUAAUAGAAAAUUUGAGUAUUUAACAAGUUUACCUAAUUUAAAAUGAAAAAUUUAAUUUCAACAGAAACGUUACACGAUAAUAGUGCUACUAAAAGUAAGUAGACAAUUAAUUUUGAAAAUAAUAUAGAAGUAAAUAAACAUUAUAUUAUUCGUAAAUUGUUGUUUCCUGUACAUUGGUACCUACUACCUAGUACUCACCUAUAUUAUGUAUUUUAUUGAUAUUCCGAUUGUAGAUACCUAGUUUUUUGUUAAUGUGGACAUCUGUCGGGGACUUUUUACCAUAUAAUUUCAAAAACUGACACGCAAUCCUAUUAGAACUCUUUCUAGAUCCCAGGACUCUUACUGCCACUUAGUGUAAAAUAAUAAAAUGUUUAUUAUUAUGUAUUUAUACAAAAACAAUUUAUAAACUUCAUAGUAAUAUUGAUUAGCUAUUUUUGUAUGACUUGUAUAACAGCUCAUGUUUGGUAUUCAGCUAAAAAAGGACGUAUGUAUAAUAAUAUAAUAUUAAGUUAUACCUAAAUAAUAUUAUGAUAUUUCAAAAAAAUAUCAGAAUACGUGAUAAGUAUGAUUUUCGAAAAUCUCAAGAAAAUACAUAUUAUUUACGAGAAAUGCUUUGAAUAUAAUUAUAGGUACAUCAGACAUCUAAAUAUCCUAGAUAUUAAGGAUUUUUAUUUUUGUUUCUUAAGAUUUUGGAAAAUUACAAUUUUAUACUUCAACAAUAUAUUAUAAAUAAUGUAAUAAAUAAAUAAUUAUAUUAAAUAUUAUGAAAAGGGUUCAGUACUUGUUGCACCAAAAAUGAUCAAUGCAAAUAUACGCUUAAAACUUUCCGAAUAUGCUUAAUAGUAUGCAGAAUAGCAUAGGGUGACCAUACGUCCGGUUUAAAAUGCAAUUGUCCCUUUUUGAUCACCUUGUCCCGUUGUCCGGUCAAACUCCGAACGGGACGCUUUUUAUCCAGUUUUUAGAAGAUGGUCCCGUUUUAAUCCCAUUAUUAUAUUAUUAUAUAUUUUGUAUUUAAAAUGUGAAACGAAAGUUAUAAAUAACAGAUAACAGUUUUAUUGGAACGAGCGUCGAGUACGGAUACUGAUGAACUAUACAAUUAGCGUUAAGCAAGGAACAAUACGCCGUAUGGCAGAGUGAACUAAAAUUAUAUAAUGGUAAAUAGUUAAUAGUGCCUAUUUAUAAUUAAUGAUAUUGGAGAUAUAGAUUUUUUUUAUCAAAAAUUCGAACGACAAAAUGUGUAGUAAUGUACAUUGAACGGAGUACGGCGAUCUUAUUUAUUAACGAUAUAGCCACUGUGUGUCGGCUUGUUUCUUUUAAUUUUUGUUCGUUGUUACAUUAUUUUCUUUUUAAAAUACCAAAGUGGAGGUGCACGUUUACUGUAUCGGUACAGUCUGAAUUUACUUUCCUCGAAAAAAUGUGAAGAAAUAGGCAAGGUACAGUAUGCAAGGUAAUAUUUUAAAUCAAACAUGAUUUGUACGAAAGCUAGGUUAUACGAAAAAAGUUUUCUUGUACGCUUACCAAGUGUGAAUCAAUUAUUCUGAAUGUAUUGGCCCCUUUUUCAAUGGACGAAAUUAUAGAUUGACUAAAGGCCAUUAAUUUUGCGACAGUUAUGAGCGACAGUUCAAAUCAUAAGAAUUUCAAAAAUGCCCCCAUUCUUAUUCGAUAUUUCAAUCUUAAAAUGGGAGUUCAAAUAAAAGUGUUCGAAUUCACAAAUUUGAAAAGAGAUUGGAGAAACUUCGGAUAUAUUGUCAUCUAAUAUAAUAAAAACUUUGAUAAAACAUAAAUCAUCUCACAAAAUUUUUACAUUUCCUGGGGAUAAUUGUAAUAACAAUUUUGGAGGUGCUGCAAGGAAAGGAACAAAAAAUGUAAAAACUAAUAUUUGUGGAAUUGGUUGUGCAGCUCAUAUUCUGCAUAACGCUAUGCAAACAAGUACAGGUGUUUUACCUAUUGAUGUCGAAUGUAUAGUUUACAAAAUAUUCCAAUACUUUCAUAUAUAUACUACUAGAGUAGAAUCAUUAAAAGAAUUUUGGGAUUUUACAAAUAUUCAAUACAAAAUUUUACUCGGAAGUGUAAAAAUACGAUGGCUAUCCUUGGAACCAGUAGUUUCUAGAAUUACUGAAAUGUAUCCAGUUUUAAAAUCGUACUUUGACUCUCAGGAGAAAUGUCCAACCAUUUUAAAAUCAUUUUUUAGCGAUUCCGUUUCAAUAAUAUGGUUUUAUUUCAUACUAAGUCAAUUAAAAGUCAUUUGCGACACUAUAAGAUAAAUAUAAUAUAUUUGCUGGGAAAAAUCAAAAAAUGACCUCUUUAAAGUAUCUUCCCGGUCAAAUUUCCUUUCAGAAUAAUCGCUAUCAUUAUAAAUCGGAGCCAAAUUGCUUGUAAAAAAGUUGUCCACAGGAAAAAAGAAGGCCGUAAUAUAUUUUAACUAAUACUUAAAUUUCUUAUAAUUUUCCGUUUUACCUUUGUUCUUUUCCGGUUUUUUAAAUUUGAUGAUAAAACUCCUGAGAAAAUCGAAAAAUAAACCUUUUUACAGUACCUCCACAGUCGGAUUUCCUUUUAGAAAAAUUGCUAUAAUUAUAAAUUGGAGCAAAAUUGCCAGUCGAAAAGUUAUGCACAGAACAUAAAUCGUAUUAUUUUAGUAAUAUAUUUUGUACAUUUUCCGAUUUUUCCUCAGUUUUUUUUCGGUUUUUCACAUUUUAUUAGAAAAUUCUUGAGAUAAUCGAAAAACGACCUGAUUAAAGUACCUCCUUAGUCAGGUUUCCUUACAGAUAAUGUGCUGCACUUCAAAAUUGGAGCAAGAUUUCUGGUAGAAAAGUUGCGCAAAGAUAAAAAAAAAUAAUUAAUAUUAUUGUAAAACCAUAAGCUUCUUCGCUUCACUCAUAGUCUAAAAAACAUGUAGGUUAGUCGGUAAAUGGUAACACGACGGAGUCCAUGAAUACAAACGUCAUAUCUUUAGUGCUUUUGUCAAGAUUUUAUCAAACUUCCAAUCGUUGUUUUAUAUACAAAUAACAAUAAUCAUAUGUCAAUAACAAGACUCUCAAUUCCUGUCGGAUAAAGAUAAUCGUAACAUUUUAAAAAUUAUUUUGUACGCUUUUCAAACAUAAUUCAUACGUGUUUCCAACGAUAAACCAUUGCUACGUAACGAAAAACAAUUCGAAGCGAAGUUCGAUUAUACAUGAUUGGAAAGGCUGUAAUAUUGCCGAUUUUCGUCAAAAUUUGAUUUUAAAACUUUUAUGAAAAAAAAAGAAAAAAGAUGGGCAUCCUUCGCAUGUUGGUGGGCCACUGUGGUAGGUGGGAAGUUAGGAAGGUAGUAGAGGAGAAAUUUAAUGUAUAUCUGUAAGCAACGAUAAUUCAUUGCUUACGAAAAACCAAUUCUGAGCGGAGUUUAGUUGAUGGUGUUGCUUUAUCAAAAAUAUAUGUACAUGUCAUAUUAUGGUAAAUUAAUUACAUAAUAAGCAUUAUAUAUUAAAAAUAUUCGUAGAGACUUGAAAUUCGAACAGAAAAAUUAUAUUUACCUUUUCUAGACAUCGUAAAAUUUUCAAAAAAUGUCAGCCAUUUUUGAGCUAAUUUUAGAAAUUUUAAUUUUGCGAGUUUUGUACGUAAUUUUUAUUUGGUAGUUACUCUGUAGCGAAAUUGUUAGACUUAACAGAAAUGCUUGAACAUUUAACAGGAGGUUCCUUAAGUCUUAAUUUGUGGUAAAAAAAAAAAUUGAGUUUAAUGUAUUAUUUUUUUUUAAAGGAAUUUUUAUAUCAAAUUUUGACGAAAAUCGUUUAAGUAAAAAUUAUGUGGAAGAAAUCUAAUUUAAAAUUUUUUGUUUUUAAUAUAUGUAUAUAGCUGAUUUAAGAACGAUGGUGUAGUUAGAAUUUAGCUAAUUACUUAGUUUCAAAAUUAUAGACUUUUGAAAUUCUGAUAAUAUGCGGGUAUUACAUGCUAUGUUAAAUAACUCUAUAAUUUAUAUUUAAAAUAUGUUUGUCGUAGUCUAAUUUAUAUAGAUACUUAUUGUCAUCCUAGGAAUAGUGAGUUCAAACGCGGGUUCCAAAAAAAAUUAUUACAAAAAAAGGAAAAAAUAAAUUUUCCUUUUUAUCUAAACAGAGAAAAACUAAUGCAUUGUAGGUGUAUCUAGAGGGAGUGCCGUAAUUUGUUGGAAAAUAUUUAGUCGGAAUUAUUUUUUGUCGGAAAAUAUUUUUUCGGGACUUUAUUUUGUCGGAAAAAUAAUAUGUUGGAAAUUAUUUUGUCCGAACCGUUCAAUAUAAUUUGAUCAUAAGCACUCCGUGAUUGCAUGCUAUCGUCGUUGGGUGAUAAUUAUUUUCCGACGAAUUAUUUUUCCGAAAAAAAAACGGUUCCGACAAAAUAUUUUCCAAUAUUUUACGUGCUCCCUAACUAGAGACCAAGUUAUCGAUCGUUCGGACUGUUUUAAUUGAAAAAUACCUCUCGAUUUGUUGUGCAAACUUUCCAACCAGAAAACUUUCACGAAUUUCUAAGUGUAGCUUCUUCUGAAGGAAAUUGAACUAGGUAGGUAAUAAUGUUGUAUAUAUCUAGGUAUUUUAUUUUUUUUUUUGGUUAUUUUGCUUAUCUGUGUCCUCAAUCAUCUUAAGAUAUUAUUAUUAUUAUGUUACAAUUUAUGUAAUAUUUAUUUAAAAUUUAUAUUAUUAUAGAUACCAUUGAGCAAAUUAAUGCAAAAUAUCGUGGUAAGAUAUUUACUGUUAAAGGUUUAUUUACUUGAUAUUGUGUCCGUUUUAGAAUUUUAAUCGAAAUCUAUUUGCAUAGGUAUUAUUUAAAUAAAUAACGGUAUCCCGUCAUUUGUUUCGGCCACUUUAUCGCACAUCAAUAAUCUUGCGCGUCAUUAUUAUCGCAAUGUAUUUGAGAGGAUGAUAUUCCACAAACAUACAAUUCGGUAAAAGGUUGGCAUAAUUCUUUUAAUUCUAUGCUAAGUGCAUUCCAUCCAUCGAUUUGGACAUUCAUAAACGCAUUAAAAAAAUUAAAAAGUUUAAACUGUUUUAAAAUUUAACAAUAUACUGCAGGCUUUGAACCAUCUCAGAAAAAAAAUAAAUAAAAAUAUCACAAUAAAAUUUAAAAAAAAUUGUAACUGACUAUAAAAAUAGAUCAGUUGACGACUAUUAUCAUGGUACAUCACAUUAUUCUCAAUACCAACAAAAAAUAAGCAAAUAUUAAAAAAUAUGACGAUUUAAAAUAAAUAAAAUAAAAUAUUAUGCUUAACUAUGUAAAUUAUAUUAUUAUGACUAUUAUAUAAUAACUAUUAAUUAUAAACUCAUAUGACUAUAAAUAUUGUGUGUAUUAUUAUUUUUUACUAUACAUAUAAUAAAUAAUCAAUAAAUAUAUCUAAGGGAAUAUUAAAAAACUUCUGAAAGAAAUUGAAAAACGACCUCUCUAAAGUAACUCCGUAGUAAACCUUCUAGAAACAUUACUAUCAUUAAAAGUUAAAGUAAAAUUGAUAGUAGAAAAGUUGUCCACAGAAUAAAUUAUAUUUAUUAAAUUUCGUAAAUUUCCAUUUUUUUUUUUCAAAUUUUCGCAUUUGAUGAGAAAACUCUUGAGAAAAUUGAAAGAUAAGUAGUUAAGUACUUCCUCACGCCGAUUUCCUAUCAGAAAAGGUGUUACACGUAAAAAUCCGAGCAAGUCUUCUGGUAGGAAAGUUGCUUACUGAUUUUUAACUUCCCGUGUAAUAGUUUCCUAAUAUGAUUUAAUCGAAACCGACUUUUAUUGUCCACCAAAAGGUGUAUUUACUAUUUAUAUUCAGAUAUACAUUAUUAUUAAGGAGAAUACCUUUCUAGUCUGAAGACUCUGUUACAGUAAAAUUUACCGUUUCUGUCUUCCUACAGACAAUAUAUUAAAAACGUGUUCGCUCAAAAUAAACUAAAAGACCCUUAAAAUCGGUGUUAAAGAUAAAACAUUUAUUAUACGAGUUUUAGAUGAUGGCUACCUCUAAACCUCAUCGGCCUUUUUUAAACCUUUGUUAAUGAUUUUAAUAUUUAAAUAAUUGAAAAUACAAACAAGUCAUCAUCAAAAGAUUAUAGUCUACAUAUUUAUAAUAAAUUAAAUAGGUGUUUUACUUCUAAAACCAAUUUUAAAGACUUUUUUUUUUUGUUUAUAUUACAUAAACAUAUUUGAAAGACAUACAUAUACGGCAAAUGUCUGCAAUGCAAUUAUUUAUUGCAUAUAAAAUGUUAUUGUUUAUUAUACCUCUGCAGUUAUAUCAAUACAUAUAGUAUGUACAUCAAAUUUUAGGUUUAGUUAGAGUCUACAUGAUGUUUCUUAACGAAAUGAGUGAAAAUAGUAAGUGUCUAUAGCUAUAAUAGUAACAACAAACUAUAUUAUAAUAUUGUUUAAAAUAAAACAAAACAAAAACAAAAUAUAAUACCAUAUAAUAGGUAGGCUGUUCAAUAUUUAUACAAUAACAAUACUAUAUCGAUUUUCGGUAAAAAAAUAAAAUAAAAUGUAUAAAUUGUUAUACAAAUAAGUUACAUACAAAUAACUACCUAUAUAUAAUAUUAGUACAUAAAUUAGUAGUAUAACUAAUUUUUAAAUAACUUUUUAUUGAAAAUUAGAACUAAAUAGUGAAUAAUAAUAUUCAGCUCCAGUGAAUUUUAAAUAAAAAAAAAAAAAUGAUUAAUUUUAAAUGUAUAAAUAUAACAUUAUCAUAUUAGUUGAAUAAAUUAUUGAUGGUGCCUCAGUGGACCAAAACGGCAUCCAUAAACCAAUUAUGUUGCAUUCGAUAAACAAAUCAGCCCCACCGUACUUCAGUUAAAAAUAUUUUGACUGAACAGUUUGUAAACAGAAAGUAUAUCCGAAAAUAUUACAACUAACCGUGAAAAAGUGGGAACUUUCAACAAUGAGUGAUAAUGUCUCGGUAGCUGUCAGUUUAUUAUUCUCAUUUUAAUCCAUUCAUUUUAAAUGUCAGUCAAUAAUAAUAUUAACGCAGUCUUGUAUUAUUGUUUGCAAUUCUGUAUAAAAAAAUAUGAUAUUUAAAGUUUUAUAAUUUAACAUUUUUUAAUUCAAAAUUAAAAUAUAUCAGCAUUAAAUCGUCUUCCAAAACAAUGAUAAAAAAAGACGGACUGACUUCGCACGUUGGUAGAUCAGUGUUGUAGGUGAGAAGUUAUUCAUAACUAGUAGAGAGAAAAUUUAAUGUAUAUCUGUUUGCAACGAUUAGCCAUUGCUAGCGAAAAACGAUUCUGAGCAGAAUCGUUUUGAGCGAAGUGAGCGAAGUUCAGUUAAUAGUGUUGCUUUGUCAACAUGAUAUUAUAUUAUGUCACAUACCUAUUAUGGUAAAAUAAUAACAUAUGCAUUAUAUGUUUUCUUUAAUAAUAUUUGUUUAAUAUUGUACCUACUUUCACGUUUUUCACACGUUUUUUCCCGGUUUUUCCAUUUUCGAGAAAACUUUUGAGAAAAUCAAAAAUGUUUUCUUUGAAGAUCUACUUCAGUCAGAUUUCCUUUCAGAAAAAGUUCUAUUAUUAUAAAUUGGAGGAAAAUUGCUGAUAGAAAAGUUGUCCACAAAAAAAUAUAAACAUCAUUGUGAAAUCAAUACAUACUUCGCUCCACUCAGAAUCUAAAAAAAUACUCAUAGUCCGUGAUUUGAACUCGUGCUACUUAUAUAGUUAUUUCAAUCACUAGAACUUAGAUAGUGAUCAAAGUUAAAAGUUAUAAAUUAUGAAAAUUGAGUUACAAAUAGUUACAAAUGAAAUUUAAAAUAUCGGCAUUGGUCCGAAGUCAAAAGCCGAAAGUUGUGGAACCAACUUAAUACAUGUUAAAAAAUGUAUAAGUUGUUAACUGUCUAACAGUUUCAGCAAUAUCACUGUUGGUUGUAAUAUUUGCGGAUAAAAUACUGUCGGCUGAAAUACUGUAGGUAGAAAUAUUAUUCUGUUUAGAUACAUUCGGAUGAAAUCACUUUUGGCUUAAAUACGUUCAGUUAAAAUAUUUUCGACUCAAAAGUGUUUUAUGUAAAUAUUGUAUGGUGUACACGUAAACUUAACCUAGCGCUCAGAUAACUGUUAAUCCACAUAAAACGACAAACGGGUACAUUUAUUUUUAAAAUUUAACCAACUGUUAUUAUGUAUUUAUUAAACAGAAAAUUUAAAUAGUUAUGGUUAUUCGUAUAUAUAAAUUUCUCAUGUUACUACACAUUUAUAUUUUAAUAAAAUAUUGAAUAAUAUUAAUUUAUAAUAUUUAAAAUAUUAAUUAUCGAUCAAACAUUACUUAACUUUUAGUUUAUAAAAUUAGUAAGUAUAGAUAUCUUUAUAAUAUAUUAUUUUGAAAUAAUUUAUAUACUUUAUAACAAUGUGUAGGUAAUUAUAAUUACAAUAAAAUUAAUUUUAAUUUUUAUAACUGUAGAUACCAUGUCCCCGGAAUAUUGGUGUACAUACCGUAAAUAUAUUAUGUUAUAAUAUUCUGUGCGCAAUAAUAUUUCUCUAUAGACUUAUAAUAGUAGUUUGAUAAAAUAUACUGUAAUAAAAUUAAUUAUUAAUUUAAAUACUGUGAUUUACUUGUAACUACUAUUAUUUCAUAUCUUAUAUUUAUAAUAGUCAUUAACUUUAGUGCCUGUAGUAAUACAUUUUUUUUCAGAAUUAAUUAAAUUCAGAUUAAUUUUACUACUAUUAUUAAUUUUAAUAUUAAAGCUUAAAUCUUAUAGCCUAAAGCUUCAAAGUCAUUUCUACGUGAGGUUGUAUACAAUAUAUUGUAUAUAAUUAGGGCUCGAGACUUAAAGUUUACAAAAAAUCAGUUAAAACGUCAAAAAAACAUUGAAAAAAGGACUUGAAAAUAGUUGUAGUAAUUGUAGUUUUAAGUGUCCUCCCUUUAAAGGCUCUAACUUAUUAAAUACAAUUUUCUAACGCUACAAAAAUUAUUAGCCCAUAGUUCUUUUAUAUAAUACAUACGAUUUUCUUUAAACAAAUUUACUUUUUGUUAACCAUUUGUGUCAUGUUAGAAAAUUGUAUUUAAUAAUUUAGAGCCGUUAGACAAUGGACCUCUAAUCCCAUCUACCAUUUGUUUUUAUAAUAUUUUUUUGAAGUGUUUUUCGGAAGAUCGAGGAUUUAAAUAGUUUAAAACCUUCUUCGGAUAAUGCAGAUCAUUUUUCAAAAAAACGUUUAAUCUUCAAAAAAAUGUUUAUCUAGUAGAAUAUGCGUAUCAAAUAUUUCCAUUUCACAUUUAUAUAUACAUAUGUACUUUAAUCUAUAUGUAUUAUUUAUUUAUUUAUUAUUAUUCAUUCGGAAUUCUUUAAAAACUAUUUCACUCAAAUUUGAUUAAAUAUUUGUAUACACAUAUAAUAUUUAAUAAUAUAUAAUAUGCAUCAAUUUUGGUAAUUUAUAAUUUCAAUUCUGUACUUAAUAAAUUAAUUUGUUUUCCUGGUUUUAUCGACGUUUUAGAAAAACUACAUGGGAAAUCAAAAAAAAACUUUCUUCCUCACCAAUUAGAAUAAUUAGAUCCAAAAUGCAACUAAAAAGUCUCUUAGCAUUUUUUUUAUUGGAUAAAGAUUUGUAGUAGAAAAGUUGUUCACAGAUAGAAAAAAAAAUCGCAUAUAUUAGUAAAACCAUGGAUUAUAGAAUAGAAUGUUAUUCUUUAAUCAAUGGUAAAACCAAUACAUUCCUUGCUAUAUUCAGUAAUCUAAAAGAUAGGAAAAUAUAUAGAUAGGUAUGUACAUUUUAUAUUAUAAAUACAAAUUUGAUUUUUUUAUAUACAUGUAUAUUAUCUAUAGUCGCACCGACACCGUGUUAUGGUAAGAAAAAAGUUUUAAUUCGUACAAAUGUAUUUAAACAAAUUAUAAUAUGGUAUGUCUUAAAACAAACAUUUUUAGAAUAAAAUUUUUAAUACCAAAACAUUAGUUAAAACUAUUUAUUAAUAAUGAUUGUUAUAAACAUCCGUUAUCAAAUAUGAUCAAUAUCUAUCUCAGUAAAUUGCUGAUUAAGAAUAAAAUAAAUGUGUAAAAUAAAAAUAGAAAUUUGUUAGUAAACAUAAAUAUUAAACGGUUUUAAAUUCUAACAUGUUAUUUUUGUCUAAAAUAAUUAACUGUUCAAUAGAAGCUUUAAGUGAGUGUCCCAUCUUCUUGAGAAGUGAGUACCUCUGGAUAAUUUAUAAAUUUUCAAUAAGAUAAUAAUUCAAUAAUUCAAUAAGAAUCUUGAAAAGUAUUUAUUUUAUUUUUGAAAAACAUUUUUACAUUUACCAGUAAAAUUGUAAAUUUUUAGGGCUGCAUUCAUAAAGUAGUCCAUGAGUACUAUUUAAUGCCACACGCCUUUCUGCCAUACAAAUUCCGAUUUAAUCUUUGAGUAGUUGAUAAUAAAAAAAAUUCCAAAGUUAAUACUUUCGAGAUAAUGCAUGUCUAUGAUCAAAAUUGAUCAGUAUAGUUAUACAAUUUCAAAUUUCAAAAUAAAAUAUUAAUCUUGUAUAAAAAUGUUUAUGAAGUGAGCUACCUAUAUAGUUAUUUAAUGCUAGAAUAUUAGUAAAGAGCAUAAACAAAUAAAAUACAAUUUAUUUAGGAACAUUUCCCAAAUUGUAUACUAACUUUGAAGACAAGGGAAGAAGACAUUGGACAACUGUUAGAAAGUUAAGUAUGUAAUUUUAUUUUAAAUAUUAUUUAUAAUAUUUUUAUGUACAAUGGUAUAUAUAAUAAAUAAUUAUGUAAUCUAACUAUAUAAAUGUGAAAUUAUAUACCUAUAUAAUAUAUACAGAGCAGUAUAAUAGUUUGUUUGUACUUACUUUUUAUCUCAAAAUCUAACAAUUAUAUGGAAUUUUCUUGAAAUUUGGUAAUUAUUAAUCUUUUUGUACACGAAUUUGCUACAAAGGAUAGAGACUUUUUAAUACCGGACUACCAGCUAACCAGCUAUUUUGAACUAAUAUUAACUGUUCUAUUAAAAUAUAGAUAUCAACUGUGUUUUAAUCUAUAUACAUAAUAAUGAAUACUUUGUUGCAAACGCCAUAGCUUGAGAACGACUGGACCGAUUGGGCUGAUUUUUAUUUGAUAGUGUUCGUUAUUGUCAGGACACGGUUAUUAUUAAAGAAAAUGUUUGGAAAAUCAACCGGAAAAUUUGUAAAUUAGGAUGGUAUUUUUGUAUGAAAAUGAUAGUUUGUUUUACGAUGUUUUUUUUUUUGUGAACAACUUUUCUAUCAGAAAUUUUACUCCGAUUUUCAAGUGUAGCACUUUUUCUAAAAUUAAAUUUUUCUGAGGUGUUACUUUAAAGAGGUCAUUUCAUAAUAAAUGGGAAGAACUUAGAAAAAUCUGAAGAAUUUACAAAAUGUAUUAUUGUAUAUUUGAGAUAUUUUAACACUUUUAUUUAAUUAUAUAUAAAACAUUUUUGUUAAUUUUUGUGUUAAUAAGUUUUAUUUACGCAACUACUUAGUUUCGGCUUACACCAUCAUUAGGCUGCUGAUAUAUAAUGUUCUACAAUAGUUUUCAUAAAACAAUUUAAAAGAGGAACAAUAUAUAUUUUAAAAUUAAAAUAAAUAUAGUCAUUAUAAUAUCAAACAGGAAAUGUAUUAUUUUUAAACCGUAAAUAUUACAGUCUUUCGAAACAUGUAUAACCCAAAUCCGUUCAGAAUAGUUUUUCGAAAGCAAUAAUUAAUCGUUACGUACAAAUAUUGAAAUAUGUAUUAAAUUUCCCCCUAUUUUCUCGACUUCUCACCUAUUUUACUCAUUUACCCAUAUUAAUUUUUGGUUUUGGCUGUCUCAGAAUUGAAUGAAAACAAAUAGGUGGAAAGUGGGAUGUCUACCUUCGGCGGACUAAAUGUGGUCUAUUGUGAAAUUUGAUUAAUGUAAAUAAUAGUAAUAAGAAUAGUAUUCUUUUCCAUGGAAACCAAAUUAUAAUCCGUAAAUUCAAGGUAACUCUUGAAUAAACAAAAAUAAAUACAUAAGCAAUUAGAUAUUCGAACCAAAUAUACCUAAAAACUCUAUUUACUCCCUUAGGUGUUGAAUUUUUAAAAAUCCUUUCUUAGCGGAUGCUUACGUCAUAAUAGCUAUCUGUGUGUCAAAUUUUAGCCCGAUCCGUCCAGUGAUUCGGGCCAAACGAUGAUGAAUCAGUCAGUCAUUUAAUCAGUCAGGACAUGUUAUUUUAUACAUAUAUAGAUUAAAAAUCGAGUUAUUUAUUUUAUAUGGAUAUGAAAUGUCGGCGAAUAUGCACAUAAAGGAAUGCUGCGCGCAGUACUGUUUGUGAGUGACAAUUAUAGUCGCGAUGUCCCAUUUUCGAGUAUUCUCACUCCCCAAUAUGUUAGGUAAGGCUUAACUUCCUUUGAAAUCCCCCCCCCAAAAAAAAACAACAAAAAUUUGGUAUUUAGAUAUUUUUGGUAUGGAAAUCAUGAAAAAAUAUCACAACAAGACACUUUUAGUCCGCCGUAUGUGGGCUAAAAAUGGAUAGUUGAAAUGGGGUAGUCAUCCACUUUCCAUAUAUUUGUGCCGUGUGGAACAGCUAUUAUUAAUAUAAUUUAUAAAAACCUAAAAAUAUUAGUAUAAAAAUUCACUAGUUUUAUUGUAAGGAAAUUAAAUAAAAUUUACGUGACGUCCUUAAUUUAUAUAAGUUAUAAGCCGAUAAAAUCAUACAUGAAGUACCUGAGGUACAAAGAAAAAUAUUAAAACUUAAAAAUCGUUUUAGAGAAAGAAAAAAUAGCGCAAUGUGAUGGUAAGUCAGUUAUAGUGUAAUCGCUGAUUGGUAUACUAUACUCAGCUACUAAUUUUAUUAUUUUAUAGACUUAAUUUCAGAGGCAUAGCUAUAAGGGGGCCGUGGGUGACAACUGUCCCAGGAUGUCAACAUUUUUUUUGGAGCGCAUUUAUUGUACGAAGUUGAUGGUGGAUUAUAAAUUUUCAAUAUAAUAACUAGCGUUACUCUAAAUUUUAUUAUUUGCAUAUUUUUGUUUUAGUUCUUAAUUUAUCCCUUUUUUUAAAAUUAUAUUGCUUAGCUAUUUCCGAUAUUAUACGAUAAUAUUCCGGUGUGUUAAUCACUUUGCAUAUCAUUUCUAAUACAUUUGAAUUUGUUAUUUUUGUUGUUUCGGUUUUUUUUAUCAAAGUCUCGUAACUAUAUCCUUUUUCUUUUAUUGUUACAUACAACUUAGAGCAUCAAAAUUAGAAUUGUGUACCCCCGGUUUAUAUUUUAUUUCAUAACUGUACUCCUCAAGCUCUGUCCCCCAUCGAAUAAUCGGAUAAUGAGUUUUUUCAAGUUAAAUAAUCACGAUAGCGGUUUAUGAACACUUAAAAUAGUAAAUUUCCGCCCCUACACAUAUGGUCCUAAUUGUCUAACUCCAAAUGUUACUAAACAUUCUAAUUCUGUUGUAUUAUAAUUAUUUUCAUAUUUACGUUCCAUAUAUAAUUAUAUUGUUGAAACACGAGUAUACUAAACAUUUUAUUCCGAUUAUACCCACUAGUACGUUAUUCAUUGAUCUUUGGAAAAUAAUGGCGAAGUUUUCAAGUUUUCAAAUUUUCAUUGUCAUUCGCGUAUAUUCAUAAUGUCUAAGAUUUAUGUAAAAGGCUGAUAAUUAGCGUGAAGAUUUGACUAAUGAUAUUUGGUAGAAAUCUAACGCUAAGUUUAUAACGUUAAAUAUUUGACAUUCUCCCAACUGGUCUAAUAUUUCAGUUAUAUUAGGCAGCCGAUGAAACUCGUUUUAAGUAACGUUUUUAAAGCUCUAAAAUCUAUCAUUAUCUUCUCUUUCCUACUUGCAAAGUAGGAAACUUUAAACUAAAAGUAAAGAUACAUUCCAAGGAUUCAUGGGUUGUUCUAUUAUACCAUUUGCCUCCGUUUUUCGAGUUUGAGAAUUUUUUUAUUCUUGUUGCCUGUGCGGUAACCAAUAAGUUUGUCGGUAAAUUAGUGCUUGAUCUUUCUUUAAAUUUAUUAAGUGUUCUGUUUCUGUCGCGUUAGUAAAGGUUAGACUGUCCCUUUCUAAAUGGAAUAUUUCUGUAUAUUGUUCGCAUAUUUCAAGUAUAGAUUGUUUUCCUCUGGAUUCAUAUGUUCGCUUCUAAUUAGUUGUUUAGUUUUAUUAAAUCGAGUUACGUCAUUUUUUAUACUGCUUAUCGAACAAAUAUUAUAUUAAAAUUCGGAUGAUAGGCUCCCGCUAGACGUUAUGAGUCCGUAUCGGCUCCGGUUCGUUACUCCUUGUCAUCGGUUAAGUGGCCGUAUUACGUACCUUUACGAUAACGAAUUUUGAUAUCUAAUUAAUCGCAUAUAUUUACAGUUAUAUAAAAUUAUAAAUUAUUUUCGGUGUAGUUUUUAUAAUAAUUUAGCAAAACCGGAAAAAACAUAGAAAAAACGGAAAAAUUUACGAAAAUAAUUUCAAACUAAAAAUUGCAAAUAAUCGAACCGAACUAAAUAUCCAAUUGUUUGGUUUGAAAAUCAUUCGAUAUUUAUACUGCGCGUUCACCAAUACGAUGUUUUGCGGGGAGACAGGGUGAUCUUGUUAUGAAAAAAGAAAAAUUCAUAAAACUAUCAAACCAUAGGAUAACCAUUAACCUUCGAGUUAAGUUAAAGUUCGAUCAAAAUAUUUUAAAUUUAGGUUUGGUUCGAGUUCGAAAAAAAAUGUGUAGAUUUGGUUUAGUUCGGGUUCGUUAAUUUUUAAAAAAAUUUCGGUUUGGUUCGGUGACCUUAAAAAUCAAGGUUCGUAACAAUACUAAAAAUAAUGCUUUUAUUAUUUUCAAAUUUUUUUUUUUUGUUGUGAAUCGGUUUGAAAUAUUCACAGAGACUUAAAAUUUGGACAAAAGACUAAUAUCUAUUUACUUUUCCUAGAUGUAGACAAAUUUUCAAAACAUUUCAAUAAUUUUUAAGCUAUUUAUAGACAAUUAAAUUUUACGAGUUUGUUAAGUAAUUUAUAUUGGAGGAUGAAAGUAGCCUGCUUGCAGUUUUCUUUGCAUAUGUUAUUUUAACUUCAAGGUUCUAACAAAUGGAAACAACCAAAGUAGCAUAACUAAUACCAUCACCAAGGCACUAAUUUCCAGCAUUACUAUUACUCUAUAGCCAUACGAUAAAUACGUUUGGUAUUGGUAGGUACUUUGUGGAUACAAUUGUUAGAUUAAACAAAAAUUCUUGAAAAUUUGACAGGAGGUUCAAUAUAAGUCGUAUUUAAUGAUCAGAAGAAAAAUGAAUUGUAAUGUAGUACUUUUUUUUUUUUUAUAAGAGUUUUAAAAUCAAAUUUUGACGAAAAUCGUAAAAAUUACAGCUUUUUUACUUUGCUUCGAAUCGUUUUUUGUUAGAAAUGGUUUAUCAUUGGUUAGAGAAAUAAAUUAAAUAACUCUAUGUAUUUUACCUUCCCAACUGCAUAUCCCUUCUUGAACAGUGGCUGCACCGAUCCCCAGUAUUAGUUUUUUUUUUCAGGUGUAAUUAAAAGAUACGUAAAUCACCUUCUUAAUCAACGCAGUAA